AAUUCCUUUGUGGGGGGAGGGGGAAGAAGUCUCAUCGUGUAUUAUCAUCAUCAUCAAGCUUGUUUGUGUUUGUAUUUGUUUGGGGGUGGGUUAUGAGUCUAUCCAGUAUCGACAAUGGUCCGUCUGUCUCCUAUGUCCUGUCAUGCAAAUGCAAUACUUUACGUGUCAUACGCCCCCGGCUGUGAUUUUGCACUCCCCAACCCAUGAUUUCUAGUGCCUCCUGCCUUCACUUGUCACCGUAACAGUACAACAUCCACAACGAGAUAUUGCCGAGAAAAGAGUCUUAACUCUUAACUCGCUUAACUCUAGCCCCUUUCCCUUUCCCUUUUUUUAUUCAUCUUCUCUUAUAUUCUGAUAAAUAAAUCCCACAGGCCGCAGCCUUUCUACAUAAAUACCAGGAGUCGCUCUUUGCCCAUGUCCACCCAUUCACUCUGUCUGAAUUCUGAACAAGCUAAGGAGAAGCCUACUAAAUCCCUUUCUUAAACCUUCACGCCUCCCUAUUCCCUAACCUCUCUCUCACUCCGGCCAUCUUUCUUUAUAAAUGCUCUCCCUCUCUGUUUUCUCAGAAAUGGACCAAGUUCCGUUACUCCAUUGAUCCAUCUCCCGUCGACCACUGGCACCCUUCUCUAUCUUCAACACAUCCUCCCGUUUUAAAUCCACAACUCCCUCCCUUGCAUACCCAAUACAAAGUUGGCCAAAACGUAAAAAGUUGCACGAAAACAGGGGAAAACAGAGCUUGCCAGAGUGGUUCUUGAAUCUUGAUGGGUUCUUGCAAGGAAGACGACGGACAGCUCAAAUGUGUUUGCGUACUCGGACCCAUCAUCGUCGGUGCAGGCCCUUCCGGUCUGGCUGUCGCUGCUUGCUUAUCUCAGCACGGCGUCCCUUGUAUCCUGCUGGAGAAAACCGACUGCAUAGCUUCUCUUUGGCAGUAUAGGACCUACGACCGAAUGAUGCUUCAUCUCCCCAAACAGUUUUGUGAGCUCCCUUUAUUGGGUUUCCCCGAGGAGUUCCCCGAGUACCCAUCUAGGCAACAGUUCAUCUCUUACAUUCAGUCUUAUGCUACCAAGUUUUCCAUCAAACCCAGGUUCCAGCAGACAGUUAAGACGGCUGAGUUCGACAGGGCAUGUGGCCUCUGGAGGGUCCGAACCCAGGACACCGAGUACUUCUCCCGGUGGCUCAUUGUCGCCACCGGAGAAAACGCUGAGCCUGUAAUUCCUGAAAUUUCAGGGAUUGACAAGUUUCACGGCCCCGUUAUGCAUUCAAGCGUUUACAAAUCCGGUGCAGACUUUCAAAACCAGAAAGUUCUGGUUGUUGGGUGUGGCAAUUCCGGCAUGGAAGUUAGCCUAGAUCUCGUUAGUCACAAUGCAAUCCCUCAUAUGGUAGUCAGAAGCACAGUACAUGUCUUACCCAGAGAGAUGCUUGGACUGUCAACGUUUGGAGUCGCCAUGGGUCUUCUGAAAUGGCUUCCUUUAAGACUAGUAGACAAGAUUCUACUACUAGCAGCAAACGUCAUCAUAGGCAAUACUGACCGGUUAGGCCUACGCCGACCCAAAACCGGUCCAAUAGAGCUGAAGAACGCGACCGGGAAAACUCCAGUACUUGACGUCGGAGCUUUAUCACAGAUUAAAGCAGGCAAAAUCAAGGUGAUGGAGGGUGUGAGAGAGAUAACGAGAACAGGAGCCAGGUUCGUUGAUGGACAAGAGAAGGAGUUCGAUGCUAUAAUCCUAGCAACUGGUUACAAGAGCAAUGUCCCUUGUUGGCUCAAGAGUUGCGAUUUCUUCACGGAAGAAGGGAUGCCGAAAACGCCAUUCCCCAACGGUUGGAGAGGAGAGAACGGGAUGUAUAGCGUGGGAUUUACGAGGAGAGGCAUCUUGGGAAUGUCCUCAGACGCUGUUAAUAUCGCUAGAGACAUAGCUGCGCAGUGGAUACACAUUAAGGAUCUCCUGCCCACGAGAACCAUACCCACUCCUACCCACAAGACAUCGCAGCCGCACAUCGGGAGCAUCUCCUCCUGUAAUUGUGUGUCUUCAUGCAUUGGGAGAUGUUCCCGAUGCACGGCUGUAGUGUCCCGUGGGUAAGAGGGAUCGGUCUUCCUAUUUCCAAUUCUUCGCGAGGAAAAGUGUAGUGGUGUAUAUUUGAUGUGACGUGGAAUGUUGUUUAUCUGGUCAACGUUAUGCUUUUUGUUGGGACUUGGGACGUAUGGGACAGAGGAGGAGGAGGAGGAGGAGGAACGAAAAUGACAAUAGUGUCCUCGAUUUUGCUACAACAGAGGAGGGAGGGAAGUUGGCUAAAAUGGGUAAUCGCCCUAAGAGGGUUGGUUUUGUUAAUAUGGGAAUCAGUUAAAACAGUUAUGAAGGCUCACGCAACUGUAAAUUGGGCUGUUUCAUGGAUGCAUGUGUAUCUCAGCUCUGCAAGUGCAGCAAAUGAACAAAUCUCAUGAUGAAAUUCUUAAUUCUGAGCCCAUAAAGGCCCAUUCAUAGUAAGAUAGAUGGUCAAGGCCCGGACUUUCCAGUGUCUAUCACUAUCAGUAGCCAUUCAGUCAGUCUCAUUAAUGAUGGAUAUGAAUUUUAUGAUAUAAUGAAAGUAAAAUGAUUUCUCUAAUUGGGAUUCCAGGGU